UUUCCCUGGGCGGGGAAACGGGGCUGCUUUGCCCCGCCCUCUUUUCCCCCUGGCUCGGACGCUUCCACAGGCCUCAUAUCUUGGGGGUGGGGGAGAGAGUUUGUCGGGAGCGCCCCCGCAAUGCAGGGGCGUUUCAGCCCGGCAGCAUGGGCAUCCACGGAUUAAUGAGCUACGUAGGGGAACAUAGAGAGUUCUUUGUUGACCUGCAGUUGAGGGACACCAGUAUAGUAAUUGACGGAAAUAACCUGUACCAUCGCCUUUACUUUGAUUCCAACCUGGACAUGCGGCACGGAGGGGAUUACGAUUCGUUUGCAGAUGUCGCCUGCAAGUUUUUUGAAACGCUGACUCUGUGCAACAUCCGGCCAUACGUCGUGCUAGAUGGAGGGUGCGAUGCGUCUGACAAAAAGCUUGCAACCAUCAAGGAAAGAGCUCGGGAGAGGAUCCUGUCAGCCUAUUGUCUCUCCUGUGGCGGCGGUGGCGGCAGUCUACUGCCUUUGCUCAUUAGAGAAGUCUUCAAGCAGAUCUUGACCAGCUUGCGAGUGCCUUUCGUCCAGUCUUUUUCGGAAGCGGACAGGGACAUUGUGUCAUUAGCCAAUCACUUGAAUUGCCCGGUGUUAACUUUAGAUAGCGACUUUUGCAUUUUUGACCUGAAAGCCGGCUAUUGUCCUCUGAAUUACUUUCAGUGGAGAAGCCUGGCCUCCUGCAAAGACUCGCAAGACUGCUACAUCCCAGCACGGCGCUUCUCGUUAGAGAGGUUUUGUGGCCAUUUCAGCAAUAUGAACAAAACCCUCCUGCCCCUCUUUGCGGUGAUGAAUGGCAACGACCAUAUUAACCUGCCGGCUAUAGAAAUGUUCUUUAGCAAGGUACGCCUUCCCGUCGGAAGCUCCAGGCAGAAAUGUCGAAAGCACGUCCGCAUUCAAGGGUUGCUGAACUGGCUGUCUCACUUUGCUGAUCCCGCUGAGGCUAUAGAAAAUGUACUGAAGUAUGUUAACAAGCACGAAAAAGAGGAAACAAGGCAGCUUCUCUGUGCUUUUAUGGAGGAAUACGAACCGUCCAGUGUCAGUCUCAAAGAUUUUUUCCAGAAUGGAGUUUAUGAAUCGGAGGAAGCCAAGAAAUUGGAGUUGCCUCCGUGGAUUCUUACUGCGUUAGCAAAAGGCCUUAUAGCACCAUUCGUCAGUGAUGCCCUGAUAUUAAAACGAACAAUUCUCCACGUUCAGGUAGAGAAUAUGCAAAGGCCUAGUGCUAAUGCCAUAUCUCUACCAAUUCGACAAAUCAUCUAUGGAUUACUUCUGGGCGGUUCGCAGCGUUUGGUCAGUACCUCCUCGGGAAAAGCACCCACUCGCGUUUUCCAUGAAUUUGACAGAAUACAAAGAGCACUCAAGAAAUCGUUCGUCCAAGCGGCAGCGUUGUCCGGACAUUUUUGUAGUGAUCAGUACUCUCUGAAUACGUUAAGCGAGGUUCCCUUAGCAGACCGCCUGAUCCUUCUGUUGGAGACAUUGGGAGUGACAGCCAGCAUCCUGGAGCCAGUUCCUUGCCACCUGUGGCUUCCUCUGGCCGUGACUUGUUACUGGACGCAGUAUUCAGAACCCAAAGCGAAGUUACAGCACAUGAAAGCCUUACUACUUGGAGUCGUAGUUGGGGAACUUGAUAAAGCAAUACAUAGUCCAGAUCCCAAGUGCCCACCAAUUGAGAUCGAUAAAAUUGUGUAUGAACAGUUCUUGAAAUGGAAAAAAGACACAUCUCAGAAAGAAGCAAUGGAAUUAGACGCUGCCCACAUUUUCUGCCAGUGGCAGUGCUGCCUUCAGAUGGGAUUGUAUCUCAACCAACUCCUUUGUAGUCCUCUCCUUGAGCCAGAUCUUACACGGCUCUACAAUGGGACCCUGGUGCACAGACUGUAUCGUGAGCUUAAAUCAUCAUCCUCACCAGAGAACCUGCUCAGCGCAUCUCCAAAAAUGUACCAGCUUUAUAGCAACAUGAUACAUACAGUGAAAGAUAUAGCACCGCCAGACUUCUUCCAGAAAAAGAAGAAACCCAAAUCGCGCAGGAAAAAGAACAAUCAAACCACUGAUCAAGGGCUGGAUAAAAGAGAAAGCGCCAUGUUGGAAACUUUGCCUUCAUGCAGUAUUAACAACAGAUUUGAAGCAUUAAUGGUGGAGAACUGAAAGCCCAGUUUACUAGAAAGAGGCUGUGUGUCCUUUACAUUGAAAACUUCAGAAGUCCUCUCUCAAAAUGAGUCUUCAAGAAACAAUGACAGGAAUCCUAUGGUGCUAUUAUGCUUGAUUUGCUGGCCAGUUAAGGUUGGUCUUAGUUACAGGAGGAAAUGUCUUCUUACCUUUGAGUAGUACUAUUGCAGUGAGUAGUCUGAGGGACUAGGGGAUUUACAAUGUAUUCUGUGCACAUGCAAAUCCUCACUCUACCCUUCCCCCUCUAUGGCCAAUGACAAAUCCCUGAAAGCUGACAAAUACACAUUGCUCACUCAAUAGUUUUUACAUGCAGUUCCAAGACUCAUGUUUUGACUCCCUGUUUCCCCUCAACCCCCCCCCAUUAUUUUUUAUAUACUUUGAUGUGGACAAUAUCUGCAAGAAGGGUUUUGUUUUUUUCAGACUGGUCUUUUCUUGGCACUUCUACAAGUGUGUUACAAAUAUUUCACAAUAUACCUGAUAAAAGUUUCCUAACACCUGGCAAAUGUCCGAGGACAAAAUCAGAAUUAUGCUAGACAAGUUUCAGCAGAUAUGGCUGCAUUUCCAAGGGGAUAUUUCUUAAGAGAGAUUCAUUCCCCUUCCCCAAUAGAUUUUUUUAAAAAACAGAGAGAAGCUAUGGAUAAGAACCCACUCUUCUUGUUUGUUCCCUCAAAUACUAGAACACUAAUUACGUCUCAUGAAACAUAGUGGAUAGCCUCAACAUCCUUGUGAGUUCAAUUUGAAUAGAACGUAAUGUCUAAGUUUGCACAGGCAGUCAUUAAAACAAACGAAACCAUGUUUUAAUCCUACCACUCAGAAAGUAUGAACUGAAGGACACAUAUAUUCAACCUGCUGUGUGCACUAAAGUUCAUCAUUAACAAAAAGCACACAGCAUGUCAGUAAGACCUUGGAAGUGACCUGCCAAAAUCUUCUUGCAGAAAUGUCAUCAGUGGGGGUGGUGGAAGGGAAUAGUAGCCCAUAAUACUUGCAGCAGGCUGGAAACCAAAGUUAUCGGGGAGGUCUUAAUUUUUGGAGGAUGCCUUAUAUUACAGCGAGAGGCAAAACUGGAUGUAGGUCUUAUUUUCGGGGGAUGUCUUACUUUUGGGGAAAGACGGUAUGCAAACACAUGUGAUGAGGUUUGGUGAUUCCCCCCCCCCAACCUAUCAUGCUGUUAUUGAAUCGGCUCAGAAUGGACCCUCAGGGGGUUUGUGAUGGGAUUGGGAAGCCAAGAAAGCCCUGGUUUGAGCACAAAACACCAUAGACCCUGACCAUAGUUCACAAGUGAUUCAGAUCCACUCUUCAUACAAAACAGUGAAGAUUUGUUGUAUACCGAUAUUGAUGAAUUCGAGCUUUUUAAAUAAAGUUUUUUUCCAUUUGCAUCAAA